AUGCUCUAUACACACGCAACGAUCAUCACCGUCGACUCCACCCGGCGCAUUAUCAACGACGGUGCCAUCCGUGUCCAGAAUGAUAUAAUCGCAGACAUCGGAAAGACAGACAUACUUCGUGCUAAGUACCCUCGGGAAGAUGAAUAUGACCUCAGUGGACGGGUCGUCAUCCCGGGUCUCAUCUCCACGCACGUGCACACUGCCCAGACUCUGCUGCGCGGCACCGCGGACGACCUAGAGCUGGUAUCAUGGCUCUGUGAACGUAUCUGGGUACUGCAGGGCCAUUUCACUGCUGCUGAUGGCUAUGCAGCUGCUAGGCUUAGUAUCGGGGAGAUGUUGAAGUCAGGGACCACCUGUUUCUUAGAGAGCAUGAAUAAGUUUGCUGAUCGGUACGGUUUCGAUGGACUCUGUCGGGCCGUCGAAGAGAGCGGUAUCCGUGGCUGUCUGGGGAAGAUCGUCAUGGAUAUUGCGCGGUAUGCACAAGAAGAUGCCUGGGCCAUGCAUCCGGGUCUGGUGGAAGAUCGUGAGACUUCGCUUCUUGGGACUAUGAGAAUGUGGGAGAAAUGGAAUGGCCAAGCCAAUGACCGUAUCCGAGUAUGGUUUGGAGCUCGUACCCCCGGAGGGGUAUCCGAUGCAUUGUACAGAGAGAUGACCCAGCUGUCUUGUGAAAAAGGAAUUCCGAUUACCAUGCACUGCGCUGAAGUCAAGGCAGACCGCGAUUUUUUUGCAUCUGUUAAUCAUACACCCAUGUCGUAUUGCGACUCGGUGGGAUUACUCUCGCCGUCCACAGUGUUGGUGCAUAUGGUACAUUUGGACGAUACGGACAUCGCACGGCUCGCAAGGUCAGGUACGCAUGUUGCACACUGUCCGACGUCAAACGCCAAACUCGCCUCAGGGAUCUGUCUUGUGCCUGACCUGCAGCAUGCGGGUGUUAACAUUGGCCUGGGGACUGAUGGGGCGCCCUGCAAUAACACUUGUGAUCUGCUGCAGGAGAUGAAGCUUGCCGGAAUCAUUCACAAGAGCAUGUCGUACGAUCCAACAGCGGUGCCAGCUGAAUCGGUGCUUGAGAUGGCAACGAUUAAUGGAGCCCGUGCAUUGGGGUUGGAUGAACGUAUCGGCAGCCUCGAGGUCGGUAAGAAGGCAGAUUUUGUUGCUAUUGAUACUCGGCGCAUCCAUCUACAGCCCUGGUUCAAUCCUGUCAGUGCGGUUGUGUAUACGGCCACGGGGCGAGAUGUCGACAUCGUGGUUGUUGAUGGACAGAUACUGGUGCGCGGUGGAGAGCUGCUGUCGAUGAACGAGGAGGAGGUUGUGUGUGAAGCUCAGCAAAGGAGUCAGGAGGUGGUGGCCCGCGCAGGGUUAACAGACAAAGUGCGUGCAAGAUGGCCGGUCGAGUGA